ACAACCUGUUGGUUAUCGUCAGUUUCGUUGGCGGCACGCCGGCAAUUGAGGCCAGUUGUUUCGUGAGACAUCUUUCGAAUGGUGAGCCGGUGAGUUGAGUUUAGAUUUCAGUUUGCAGUUAUUGAAAUGGAGUAUCGCGGUGCGAUGGCAAAAAUUCCAAAAACAGAGAACAUUCUCACAAAGAGUAAACUUAUCGAGAAUAAUGAAAUACAACCUCGACGAUCGCCUCGAAUCAUGGGAGCAGCCGCGAAGGAAAACAACAAAACCAAAGUAGUUAAACCGGUACUCGUGCUGUCAGAAAUCCUAUUUGAGGGCAAAAUCAAUUAUGCUGACACGUUUGGUGAUUGUGCAAUGGCCUGCGAUGAAGUACUGCAACUCGUUGAGAAGAAAACAGAUCUAAUCGUUCCGAUAGGGUUUGAUCUUGAAUGGCCAUUUAGCUUCCAAACAGGAAGUGGAAAAACAGCUUUGAUACAAAUCUGUAUGGAUUAUAAAAUUUGCCAUCUUCUGCAUGUCUAUGAAUUGAAAAAAUUACCAGCUGCUCUUGUCGAGCUGCUGAUUCAUCCAAAAGUUAGACUCGUUGGAGUUAAUAUAAAAAAUGACAUAUGGAAACUUGGUAGAGAUUUCAAAGAAUUCCCGUCUCAAAAGGUUGUUGAAAAUAAUUGCAUUGAUUGUGGUACGUUUGCAAAUGCAACACUAAAUCGAUCGUGUCGAUGGAGUAUGGCAAAUCUCACAGCUUAUGUGCUUCAAAAAGAAAUUUCCAAAGAUCCUAAAGUACGACGCAGUAAGUGGCACAUUCAGCCUCUCAGCGACGCCCAAAAAUCCUAUGCUGCCACUGAUGCCUAUGUAUCUCUACUGCUUUACAACACAUUGCAAGAUAAAGCAAAUGAAAAUGCAUCAUAAGUAACCAAGGGGAAAAUUCCAGGAAUAAAUUGGUCCUAAGAACGAUCGGCAUAUCAAUACUUUCGACUUUUCAAACUA